AUGGAGAAGAUAACGCUUGCCGCACCGACGAGUUUCUCGAUACCGAAGAAGAAAAGAAAAGACGGUGAAACGCCGCCGCCAGUACGAGCACCAGUACCGGAGCCAGAAUCGCGACCAAUAUGGCAAAAUGUUCAUCCAAACAAUCCGCAAUUUGCAAAACUACAUGAAAUUCUACACACUAAUUGCUUUGACCCAAAUGUUCGACUUGCAAUCCACGGAGCUAAUCUACUAAACAAUCCUUGGCUCAACUAUCGAUAUUCCAAUUACCGCAAAAGACUAAAAGCCAGUGGGCAGCCAGACAAAGAAGACAUUGCUUUUUUGCAGAUCUCUAAGUCAAUUGGAGAGCUUGCACAUAUUGCCGAAUAUGGUGUACAUGUUGGUACAUCGCUCAAUGAUCAUUUGGGCGACAGUGAAAAUGGUGUUUAUCUUUCGACCAAUGUUGAUUUGUUGGGCCCACAGAGUUUCUUGAUCAGUACCAAGAUGGGGAUACCAAGAUCAUACGUGAUUCGAGUUGUAAUAUGCAAAAUAUUGAAGGGAAAAGUUAAUAUGGUUGAGCCAGACUCAAAAAAUUUGAAGCCGACUUUUGGUUAUGGUUGUCAUAUGGCAAAGCCAACAGGAAAUGAUGAGAAUAAACAAGACUGUUUAGAAAUAUAUCGUCAACAACUGAUGUACGUGUAUGAAAUUAACGAACAAGUUGGGGAAAUUGUACCUUUUGGGGUCAACGUGUUUGGUAUCAAAGAGCUUGAGACUGAGCUGGCGCCUGCUGGAAUUCUUCCGUAUGCUUGCGUCGAUGUGGCUGUAGAUUUUACAGUAUUGACCAAUAAAAAGCUACGCAUUCCAAGGUUUGAACUUGCAAAUUCUCCUUUCUACACUGGAAGAAUCUUUAUUAUGGAUGAAAUGUAUGCAGUCAACCUUAUAGCAAUCAAGGACGAGUCUUGGAAACCGCUAGGAAUUGCUCCAACGCUAGUCGUGAAGGACUUUGUCAGAUGGAAGAAGGCUCUUGAAAAGUCACCACUAUUGGACUUGAGUCAAAAUGAAUUUGGUGCGAUGAUCUAUAACAGAGAGAUUCAUUUACCCAACGGCUUGUUUGUUACUUACGCCGUAUUAUCUCCGUUGGCAAUUUCUCCCCAAUUCACUACGCUUAUUGAAACCUUGACCACAAAUCAAGUUAUUGGCUUCUGUGCUUCAACGGAAAACGUGCAAAUUUAUCUAAUCCCGCCUGGAGAGCUUGCCAAUCAUUUGGGUCUACCAUCACACAUUGAAUCGGCUUUUCAUCUAAUUGUUGCUCAACCUCGCUCAUUCUUUGGUUUGCAUCGGGAAACACUUGACCAACGAAUGUUGGCACGCCGUCGUCCAUUCCCCGACGAAAUCCUUCAAGGAUUUCAUUAUCAGCUAAAAGAUUACAUCGAUGAAGAAUUUCGUCAAAACAUAAAUAGUCCAUCCGGGAUGAAUGCUCACUAUCGAUUAGAAAGAAGUUUAUCACGAAACACUCAAGAAAAUUCACAAAAUAUGCGCAUUGAAGAUCAGAAUGUGUCGAUGAUGGAUAUAAGUGAUGAGCGUACUGAAUUCGACGGCCCGGACGAGUCAGAACUGCGUGCUGAAGAUGCACCAAUGGUUUCGAAAGAACGCUCGUUAAUGAGUGAAACGGAUGCUAGUGAGGGCGAGAGAUUGGACAAACGAGAACGGGAAACUGAUGGAAAAAGUGGAAAGGACGAUCGUACACAAAGGUUGAACAGGCGCGAACAGUUGGAUGAACGAGAUCGUGAAACGCAGAAAGAUGUCUCAAUGAGUAUCUCGGUAGACGCCGAAGGGUUGGGUGAUCGUGUCGCGUCUAUGGACCCGAGAAAGCAUUCGUCUCAACGUGCCAUGAACGCUACACACUUCAUUGGUGAUCGUGAUGAUAGUUCGCAGGACCGAGACCGAUUGAUUGACAGAGAACGUGAAAUGCGUGAGAAAGACCAGCCGACGUGUUCAAGAGACCGUUCAUCAGAGCGUAACGUGUCGACUCGUAGAAAAGAUGAUUGGAUUGAAAGAUCAAACGAUAGAGAACGUGACAGGCAUGAUAAAGGUAGAAGAGAUGACAGUCGUGAGAGAUUGAAUGGAAAGGAACGAGGAAAAAAGCACAAGAAGGAAAGGAAGCGGCGGCGUACCUCAAGGGAAUCCGAGAGGUUAUCAUCAGGUCGCUCCGCAUCGGCAACUCGUGGAAAUGGCCGGAUUGAUAGAUCAAAGGAGCGAGAUCGUGAAACACGUACAGAUGCACCGAUACGUGACCAAGGCGAUGUCGAAUAUUUUUCGGAUCGAUCUUCGACGAAUGCUAGAGGACAUUUAUGGGACAUGAAAGAAUGUAAAAGUGAAAAGGAUGAACGAGCCAAAAGAAUGGAUGAAUGUGCCAUCUACUUUAUGAGUGCACAAAACUUGCCAAGCAGUUACAAAAGCUAUGAGAGAGUGGAAACGAUUUUUGGGACGAUUCCGAGACGAACGAGGACGGUUAGAUUCUCAACUCAUGAAUAUGCAGAGAAUUGGGAGAGAAAGGAGAGAAUUCCAUCGAAAACGAUAAACCAUCAAAUUCCGCGAGUCAUUGCUGUUCGACCGUGUAUGGGCAACAAAACGUCGCGUGGCGCGAAACUCUCCGAUCACAUCGCUUUCAACACCGAUGAGACAAAAAAUGGGAACAGGGAAAUACCAAAUAUUGUCAUCACAACACCAACACCCAUUGAUGAGAAUCGAUCUUUUCUUUCAAUUACCCGUCAACCGCCAAACAGUCCAGCUCGGGGAUCACCAGUUUUUCAACGAAAUUCAAGCAACAAUUCGAGUGGUUAUCGAAAAGUUCACAAAAAUGAGACUCCAAUUUUUGGCGGAGGAAGCCCUCCACCCAUUCAUCCACCACCGCCACCACCUGAAGAUCGUCAAUUCACCGUGAAACACAUUUUAGAAAGGCUACAAGGUCCAAUCCUUGCUCCAAAGGCUGCUCCCCGGAAUCUCCCAGUAAUCACUCAUAAACCGAUAUUCUACUCGAAAGAAAAAGUCAACAAAUUUGAAGCUUUGAAUACGACGGAUCGGCGAAAGGAUGAGCCUGAACCUAUUAAAUCUACUCAAAAAUCGUCUCGAGACUCGCUUGGAUCACUCCGAUCUGAAUACAGCACUUCUACAAAGCACUCUCAAGACAGUUAUCCAAUCUACAAUCCGAUCGAAGAUCACACAUUUUCCAGUGGGAAAACCUUCGCUAAAGGCAGUUAUCCAAUCGAUACGAAUCGAAUCAAUAUCGGUUUUUGCGGGCGGCAAGGAGCUGGUAAAUCGACUUUAAUCAACGCAUUGAGAGGGUUGAAAACGGGAGAAGUGAAGAGUGCUGGGAGAUAUGUUUGCGAUAAUAUGGAACCGUUUCGUUUCAUUGAAGAUGAGCUUCAAAAUAUUGUCCUUUGGGAGAUCCCGUAUCCCCGAUCGUUCACAGCUGUUGUCGAUAUUUACGACCGGAAUUUAGGCUUUGAUCGGUUCUAUGAUUCUCACAAAUUAAACGUUUUCAACCAUUUAUUUGUCUUGAUUCCGGAUGGAUCAAUGCACGAUGAUGACACGGCUUUUGCAAGAGUUGUUCACUCGAGAAGAACUCCAUUAACGAUUUUAUCGACAAAAAGCGAUGAUGACAUUGAUGCGGAAUCAAGGGAAACAAGUCAACCAAUUGGUCACACUUUGCUCAAGUUUUACGAGCAAAAAGCUCGCCGCGUCUUCGAGCAAUCACUCACGAAGAAAGCUCAAAUUUUACUUUCAAUUAAAUUGCUGUUUAUUAGUGCACCCGUGGUACGGAAUCUUGUUUCAAGUACGAUUGGUUAUCUUCAUUACGAGAUGAAUGAAGGAGAAUUGUUGGAGUUGAUCGGUUUAGAGAAUGGUUGUCAUUUUGAGAUGGAGAAAAAGUUGAGAGGCGAAAGGAGUGAGCGUGCAACUCCGAUUUUUCAAGCUAGGCCUGGCCGUCUGAAUCUAGAAAACGGAACGCCAUCAAUCACUUCUCAAAGUCAUCCAAUUGUUCAAAAGUCAACUGUACUCGCCGAUGCUGGUUUUGAGAUUCUUUUUGGUACUGAUGAUCGAGUUUUUGGUGGACUUGAGCCAAAAACGACCGUUGUUCGAGCGGGAAAGACAAGUUUCAACUACGGUUUCAUCGGUGGAUCGAGGGUCGGCAAAUCGACGAUGAUCAACGCGAUGAGAGGGAUGAGUGCAAAGAAUCCGUUUGCUGCUGGAAAGGAUCGAGCCAAGCCAGCUACUUGCGAGCGUUUCGAGUUCGACGACGAGUUGUUGAAGUACAGUGUCACUUUGUGGGAGCUGCAUUACCCGAAAAAAGUCAAUGCUUUUUUCGAAUUCAUCGACCGUCAUAAUUUUGCGAAUUUCACAGCUCUUUUCAUCAUCAUUGACACGACACCAAAUGAUGCUGAUCUCACGUUUGCUAAGAUUGCCCAUCGCCGGAAUGCGACUGUUGUCUUUUUAUCGUCGAAAACUGACAAAAAAUUGUCGACAAAAUCGCGCGCUGAUGAAAUCCCUGUUUGUGACAUUUUAAAGCAACGAUAUGUGGAUAAAGGAAUGGAACGUUUCGAGACAGCACUCACCUCAUCGGCUCCAGAAUUAUGCGGAAGAGUUCAAUGCUUUUUUGUCUCUUCUCCAGUGUUUCGUUCAUUGCGCAAUGCGGAUCGAAAAUACCUCCAUUUUCUCGUUCAUGAAAGAGCUGUAUUUGAUUUUUUAAAGCAGAAACGAAUCAUUGCCGAAAUGCUCGAUUCACCGAAUGAAAUGAAAGAAGGGCUUCAAAUAGCGAAUGGGAAUGAUACAGCUGGGAUGAUUGAAGUGGUCAAUGAGGGAAAUGAUUUGUAUGAAGAUGCAAGAAAU